CCAAGACGCUAGGUGGCAGUAAUGCAACAGCAACUGUCCUGAAUAUUUCACAAGAAGAAGCAUUUCAAGCAUUGGGCGCCGGAACAUUGUUGUCAGUUUGUUGUUACGUGAGGAAGUACAAAUAAAUCAGAAUGAGCUCCAGUAACACAUUCAAGACCCCUAAAAACUGUAGAGUGAAGAGCUUUGGUAGUGAUGGUGGGACCCCCAUCAACAUCCCAUCUUCACCUUUCAUGAAGAAGCUGGGCUGCGGCACAGGAGUCAGUGUUUAUCUCAUGGACAGAGCAGAAAAGCUGAAUGCGUCUCCCUGGGCUGUGAAGAAGCUCAACAGUAAAAUGGCAGCAAAACAAGCAGCCGUUUACCAGAAGCGUCUGAACGAAGAGGCAAAGAUCCUGAAGGAGAUCAAUCACCCAAACAUAGUCGGAUUCCGUGCUUUUGCCAAGGCCAAAGACGGCUCCAAGUGUCUGGCGAUGGAGUACGGAGGAGAGCAGUCCCUGAAUGACCUCAUCGAGAAGCGUAGGGAGGAUGGCCUGAAGUCAUUUCCUGUGAAAAACAUUGAGAAAGUGGCUUUGCACGUGGGCCGAGGUCUGCAGUAUCUUCACAAUGUACGAAAGCUGCUGCAUGGAGACAUGAAGUCUUGUAAUGUGGUCAUUAAAGGAGACUUUGAAAGCGUGAAGAUCUGUGAUAUUGGCGUCUCUCUGCCGCUGGAUGAGAACAUGAAAGUUUCCAACUCUAACAUGGAAUACAUUGGCACCGAGCCUUGGAAGCCAAAGGAGGCUCUGGAGGAAGAUGGGGAGAUCAGCGACAAGGCUGAUAUUUUUGCCUACGGACUGACUCUGUGGGAGAUGAUGACGCUGGAGAUGCCUCAUUUGGGACCACUGAAUGAUGCAGAUGUGGACGAUUCGAUGGAGGAGAGCUUUGAUGAAGAUGCUUAUUUUGAGAAGUUGGGGACACGUCCGGCGCUGGACACUGAUGCUCUGGGCAGCUCCUACCAGAGGAUGGUGGAGCUGUUCUACCUGUGCACAGAGGAAGACCCUAAGAAGAGGCCGUCAGCCACACAGAUCGUGCAGGCGUUAGAGAGCAACACUGCACUGGAGCGAAAGCCGUGUGAUGUGAUCGUGAUUGACUGAGGUGUGGAGCAAAUGUUUGUGGAGUUUUCUGAGUGAAGUCGUGUGAUUGUGUGAUUGCAGUGUAAUGCCUCUGAGUAUGAAGGGUGGGGGGGUGAAAUAUGAUCAAUAAUAGAAAUGUAACUUUGUACCAAUUAUGUCUUAAAUAAAACAUGAAAACGUAACCAAU